GAAAGUGCCGAUGAAAGAAUUGGUAUAGCUAAAAACUUUUGUUUAAUGGACUCAUUAUGUUUUCCUAAUAAUACUGAAGUAAGAAGCUAUGAACUAAUAGUUGUAAAAUCCAGAAGAAGUCAAAAACUAGGCACAAUUUGUUAUAUUACUUUGAUUGACAGUUAUGCUAAGUCUAAAACGGUUGAUAUGAUACUUGAUCAAAGAUUUAUCAAAUAUGAGCACUUGUUUGAAGAAAAAGUUAAUCGUCGAGUGAGAUUCAAUCGUUCCGGAUUGUCAAGAAGGAAUUCUCGAUUAAUUCUUCAAACCGAGAAUCUAAUUAUCAUACUUACUUCAGCAGACGAAAGUUUUAUAGAAAGAGAGUUUCCUAGUUCUAUAUCAGAAUUCUCAAUAACCGAUUUUUAUAAAGGGAGAGUAUAUAACUUUUGGACAAGGGUUGUGCAUAUCGAGAAUGAGGAACCGGCAAAUUAUCCGGGAUUUUACAAGCAAAUACGUAUCAAUCUUCGCGAUAUGUCAAGCUCUAUGACAGCUACUCUUAUUUUGUUCGAUUUGCAGAUGAAUAUGAUUGAUUUAUUUAAAAUGGGAGAUUUUUUAGGGAUACAUAUGCCAUAUAUUGAAGAAAGAAGCCCCGGAGACCUCGUCUUCAUGUAUACAGAUUGCACCACGUUGUUUUGUUUGCCAUUGAGCGAACUUAUUAAGGAUCCGAAUGUCAAAAAGUUUAAGAAUGAUCCUAAAAGCAAAUUAAACUUUCAAGAUAAAUCGUAUUUAGUAGACUACAAAUUUCAUGCGGAUCGUUUUUACAUUAAUAAUAUGCCAUUACAAGGUAUAAAUGUCACGCUUUUUGGAAGAAUAGAUAGCAUCUCGGAAAAUUGUAAACAAGAAUAUAAUGGGUGUUCAAUCGAUAUGUACGUGAUAAAAAUUAGUGACAAAACCGGGGGUACAAAUGUAACACUUUGGGGGAGUAUUGGACGCACUACAUCACAAUAUUACAUAGGACAAUAUAUAGUACUAGAAGGUCUAAGAACCUUUAAAGACAUGAAUGGUUUAACCGAAGUUGUUGGAGAUGUUUCAUAUGGCACAUUGAUAUAUAAUGUUAGCUUGGCAACGGGAUGGCUAGCAACUAAUACCUUAAGAAGGCAUUUACAUGUCCCAUUAAAAAAUAUUAUUAAAUUGUCCAACAGUGCAUUAUAUGUGGACCAUUUUAUCACUCAUGUCUCAAUCGCCGGAUGGAACAUAAAGAAUGAUUCAAAGAGUAUAAUAAUAUGGCAUUUACAAGAUAAUACUGGUGAAAUUCUUGCCGAAGCAGUUGGCUCUGUUUCAGAAGAUAUUCUUCGAUCAACUGGUCAUUAUCAUCAAAAGCUAACAAAACCUUUAAUCCGUUCUAUACUUGGAAACUCGCAGAGUACAAUUUUAAAGGGCAAAUGGUUGUGGUGUUGUCUAUCAUUUUUGAAAUCCGGAAAAUAUCAGAUUAACGCUAUCAAGACUGAAUCGUAAACCGAGUCAUAUUAUGUAUAGAUAUCAUUUUUUACCACCCAAUGAAUUAAUAAAUUUUCUGAUU